AUGUCACGUUUUGAAGGAAAAGUCGUUAUUGUUACAGGUUCAUCUUCCGGUAUAGGAGCUGAAACUGCCCGAUUAUUUGCGAAGGAAGGCGCUAAGGUGACGAUAACCGGAAGGAAUCAAGAUGGCCUUGAGGCUACAAAACAAUCCAUCAUCAGUGCUGGAGGAAAGGAUGACAACAUCAAUGUUGUGAAUGCCGACAUUACCGAUGCAAUGGGAAGGGAACAAAUUGUCAAUAGCACGGUUGAGAAAUGGGGACAAAUUGACAUUUUGGUUAACAAUGCUGGUGGAGGAAUUAACGAUGAAAAAGGCCAAGGUGGUAUUUCGGCUAAUCUUGAUAUAUUGAAGAAGACAAUGGAAUUGAAUGUUUAUAGCGUAGUCCACAUGGUUCAAUUAGCUCGCCCACACUUAGCCAAAACCAAAGGAGAGGUUGUAAAUAUCUCCAGUAUUGCUGGCCAACCAAAAGGAGCGCCAAGGUAUGUUUACUACGCAAUGGCAAAGGCUGCAUUGGAUCAGUUAACUCGUGGCCUUGCAGUAGAGCUUAUUGCUGAAGGAGUUCGUGUAAAUAGCGUUAGCCCUGGCGCUGUGGUGACGAAAUUCCCUCAACAUGCGGGAAUGACUGAUGAGGAGGCAGCAGAGGCUACAAAACAAUCCAUCAUCAGUGCUGGAGGAAAGGAUGACAACAUCAAUGUUGUCAAUGCCGACAUUACCGAUGCAAUGGGAAGGGAACGAAUUGUCAAUAGCACGGUCGAAAAAUGGGGACAAAUUGACAUUUUGGUUAAUAAUGCUGGUGGAGGAAUUAACGAUGAAAAAGGCCAAGGUGGUAUUUCGGCUGAUCUUGAUAUAUUGAAGAAGACAAUGGAAUUGAAUGUUUAUAGGUUUGUUUACUAUGCAAUGGCAAAGGCUGCAUUGGAUCAGUUGACUCGUGGCCUUGCAGUAGAGCUUAUUGCUGAAGGAGUUCGUGUAAAUAGCGUUAGCCCUGGUGCUGUAGUGACGAAAUUCCCUCAACAUGCGGGAAUGACUGAUGAUGAGGCAGCAGAGUUCUACAAGAGAUUCGCAAGUUCAGAGAAUUCGCUGCCAAUUCGAGAAAUUGGCCAACCAGUGGAUAUUGCAAAUGUCAUAGCAUUUUUAGCAGAUCGUAAAGCAUCUCGUUAUAUUCUCGGUCAAACCCUUAUUGCUGAUGGUGAGAAUUCGCUGCCAAUUCGAGAAAUUGGCCAACCAGUGGAUAUUGCAAAUGUCAUAGCAUUUUUAGCAGAUCGUAAAGCAUCUCGUUAUAUUCUCGGCCAAACACUUGUCGCUGAUGGUGGUACUAUGCUCAUUACUGCUUCGAAUGCAGCUGUAUUUAAGUGA